GAUCGUUGCCUCCAGCUCGCGCAUUCACGUCCAAACGAGCGUCUAGCAACGUGAGCUGCAGUCCGAGGGCGACCAUCCUCAGUUCAACGUUAGCUGCGAUUGAACUCAUCACAAUUCCCGGCUAUGUUUCCACGAACACAUGAGUACUACUCCUGGGUGUAACUAGAGCUCGCAAAGGACCCCAGGCUGCGGCAAACGCUGGCUCGCUCCUUCUUGGGCUUAUCACAACCUGAAUCUUAGACGAUCUCAUGAGAAAUUUAGAGCAUUCAUUUCCUAGACAGCUGCACGCUCGGCGCUGCACGCUCGGCGCUUGAGCCUUUCACAUCGUUGGUCUGCCACGCACAACGUGAUUCAUGAGCGGACCAUUUGGAUACGGGCCUGGACCAGGCUGGAAUGUGGUGCCCCUCGUGCCGGUGCCGCUCGUGCCGAUGGGGCCACCGAUUAUGUUUCACUCUGGCAUGGCUCCGCCUCCCCCCAACCCCUACGGAUUCGGCGGCAUUGUCUACCCUGGCCCGAUGAUGCCGGGCCCCAUGCCGAUCUUCAUGCAGCAGAGCGGAGAGUUCUAUGACGGCGGCGGCGGCGCCAUGCAGCCGCAGUACAGCGGCGGCCAGCACGAUGACUACGUCAGUGGCGGCGGCGCUGCCGGCGGCCCCGCAGACGCGCCGUACGGGCAGGGUUAUGGUUACGACGGUUACGAGGGCGAUGACAGCCAUGCGUACGUGUACGGGCACGUUGAGGAGGAGGAGGCUUACGCGUACGAAGACGAGGAAGCGGAAGAGGGCGAGGGGGCAGCGGCAGUGGCUGCGGCGGCUGCGCCGGAGGUGCGGACAGGCAGGCGCACUCCCAAGGCGGGGCAGCAGCGGGAGCAGCAGCUGUCAGAGGCUGUGUCAAUGCUUUGGUCGGCCUCCACUUGGCUGCUGUACCAGGUGUUCAGCCCCCAGAAACCACCCCGUCCAGUUGCCGCCGCCGCUGCUGCCGCCGCUGGUACUUCCGCUGCGGGCGCCGCAAGCCACGCCACCGCCGCACCGUGUCGCUACGUGCUGAAUUCGCCGGUGCUGGUGGGGCCGGGGGAGCUUCUGAAGCUGCUGCGCUCGGAGUCGGCCCGCGGCGGCGGCCCCGCCGUGCCCGGCAUGACUCUGGUGGUGGGCCUGACGGCAGACGGCCGCUCGGCGGUGCUGCCACGACUGCGCCGGGUGGCGGAGGCAGCCAAGGCGGCGGCGGCAGAGCAAGCCUUCGCGGCGGCGUUGGCGCAGCGUGCCGGCAGCACCGGCAGCGCCAGUAGCAGCACCCAGUGGGAGGACAUGCAGCCGGCGGUGUGGGAGGCUGCGGCGGCGGUGGUGCCGCCGGCGUUCCUGCGGCCGCUGGCGUCGCUGUUGGCGCUGGCGGAAGCCGGGCAGUCCUACGCACCCGUCAACCGCCGGCAGCUGGAGGCGGGCGCGCCGCCGGCGGGCUGGUGCGUGCCGCGCUGCAUCUUCACUGGGUGGAAUGAGCGGGCGGGAGGCGGCAGCGGUGAGGGUGACAGGGACAAGGACAAGGAGACGCCGGAGAACUCGGCGAGCGCCGCUGCCGCGGCUGCAACGGCUGCGCUACUCAGAACGAGGUCGUCAAGGGACGCGGCGACAAAGGCAGAGGUACAGGCGGCCGUGACAGCGGCAGCGGCCGCGAAAGCGGCUGCGACGACGGCGGCGGCGGCGGCGCUGCUGUCGAGCUGCUCCAGCUGGAUCGUGUUGGACACAUACAGGUGCGGGCGGCUUCGGCUAGGCAGGGGCGGCGAUGCCGGAGCCGAGGGUGACGACGGCGGCGGCGAAGCGGGGCCCUCCACGUCAGCGGGCGGCGCCGGGGGCGGCAGCGGCGGUGACCAGCACCAAGGCGGCGGCACUGGCAGUGAGGCCGGCGGCCGCCCUGGUAGCCGAGGCGGCGGUGGCGGUGGGGCUAGCGCCAAGUGGCAUUGGAGCCAGUUCAGUGGCUCGGAGGUUUUGGAGCGGCUGCAGGCGGGCCGGUUCCCGCCCAGUGUGCAGCUGGUGGGCACGUGCGGCCCGGUCAAUCUCAAGGCCACGCCCGUGCCGCACGCGGCGUUGAUGCCGCUGGCGGCGCUUCUGGCGGAGAUGAAGCACCAGCCCGACCUCAGCUACUGCCCGCUGACGGCGGCCGACUGCGCCGCGCUGGCCCGCCAGCCAGCAGCAGCGCUGCAGGCGCCUACGGCGGCAGCAGCGGCGCGGCGGCGGGAGGCAGCACAUGGGCUGAACGCCCGGGCGGUGGAGUUCCAUCCGCCGCCGCCGCCGCCACCACCACCGCCGCCACCGCCGCGCCAGCACUCCGCACACGCCGCCGCCGCAGUCCCACAGGACCAGGAAGAUGAGGGGCCGCCAACGCCGACGCGUGCGGCGCACAGCCCGGUGACGGAGGCAGCGGCGGCGGCAGCCGCGUCGUCACGCGGGCGGUCCGCUGGCGCAGGGGCGGCGGCUGGAGAGGCCGACGCAGGGGCAGGAGAGGCAGAGGGUGUGUGGGAGGUGUCGGAUGCUGACCUCAUCCCGGGAUUCACGCUGGCGCAGUGCCCGCCCGAGGGCCUGACCGCCAUGGGCUACUGCUGCCCGCCCUUCAGGCUGUUCCUGGGUCCACGCGGCGAGCACACGUUCAAGUCGCUGUGGUGGCUGAUGGAGCCCCCGCGGCGGCCACCUGCGGGGUCCGCGGCCGGUGGCGGCGGCAACGGCGGCACUGGGAGCGAUGGCGGUGGCAGCGGCAGUGCUGAGCCUGGUGGCAGCAGCGGCGAGGCGGACAGGGCUGAGGGCAGCGGCAGCGGCGGCAGGGGUGAGGCAACGGCAACAGCUGACGCAGCGCCUGGGGCGGCAGUCGGGGCAAACGCUGCGGCGGAGGCUAAGGCGGCAUCUGAAGCUGAUGCCGCGGCCGAGCCGGCGCUGUUCGGGCCGCAGAGUGCGGAGCGAAUGAUCUACUUGUUCAUCGGCCGGUGCAUUACAAGCGAGUGGCGUGUGUGCGGCUCCGUGCAGCCAGACGCGCCGCUACCGCUUCCGCAGCAGAAGCAGCAGCGCAGGGCAGCGAAGGAGGACACGGCUGCAGCUGCAGCGGCGACCGCUGUAGCCGAACCGGCCUCUGCAGCAGGCACACAAGGCGCAGGCGCGGCGGUUGCACCACAAGCUGAGGCAAGGUCUGGCAGCAGCGAUGCUGCCGGGAAGGCAGCGGCCAAGGCCGGCGCUGCCCGGACGGAGGCCGCGGAUGCGAAGGCGGCAGGCGACGGUGACGAUGGGGCGCAUGCGGAGGGCGCAGCGCACGAGUGGCAGCAGGCCAAGCGGCAAAAGCAGCAGGGCAAGCAGGAUGCGGCGCCGGAGGCGGGCGCGGGCGCAGGGGACAGCACAGGGCAACAGGAUGGGGAGGCUCGGGAGCAGCGCGGUGACAUGCAGAUCGCGCAGGACCCCGCCAGGACACAAGCGGCAGUAGCUGUGCCACACUCUCCGUGUGAAGGCGGGCAGGAGGAGGCGGAGGAGGGGACUGGGGAGGAGCAGCCCGCGCCGUGGUGGCCGCCGCGGGAGGCGUUCCGGCCACUCGGGGAGCUGCUGGCAGAGGCGGAGCGUGGCGUGUGCUACCGGCUAUGGACGCCGACGGGUGCGGCGCCACCAGGGCCGGGGGAGCGGCAGGAGGAGCAGCAGCAAGUGCAGGAGCAGCAACAAGUGGAGCCAGGGCAAGCCCAGGCGCGAGAGGAGGAUGGGCAGCCGGGAGGGAAGGCGGAGCAGCAGUCUCAACAACAAGGGCCCGCGGUGGCUGUGAUGUCGGAACUACAUUUUGGCACCAUGUUCAUAUAGCUUUAUGGCAGCCUGGUAGUUGUGGGCGAACGGGUAUUCGUGGGCGACAGAGGGUAGUCAUGGGCGGUGGCACCGCAGUGACGGAGUCCCCGUCGCGCUGAGCUGAAGUACCUACCUGCAAGAGUACUGCCAAGUCCUGACUGCAGAUCUCUUGGACGCCGAUGUAAACUUCUUAGUGC